AUCAAGUCACAAUUUAGGCCAAUUCUACCACAGCAGGACUCUCCAAGAUGCUCGCCCAAUCUGCAACCCGAGCCAGAAUGGCCACCUCCGUUGCCCGCCGCGGCUUCCACACCACCCAGCCUCAGAUGUCCAGUCCUUUCCACUACCCUGAGGGCCCUCGCACCAACCUCCCAUUCAAUCCUUUGACCAAGCGCUUCGCGUGGAGAUACUGGGCAUUCAUGGCCACGGGUUUCGGCCUGCCCUUCGGGAUUGCCGCCUGGCAAAUGAACAAAUCCCAAUAAAUCGCCUCGGAGUGUAUUGGUAUUCGGUCCUGUGGUGGCCAAUCCUCUUCAAAGCGGAAAUUGGGGGGAAUAAUUAUGUUAUUGCAUUGUACAAAACUAGAAUUACUCUGAAAAAAAAUUUUUCUCCCGUAUA